AUGGCAGCAGUAAAAAGCUCAUUCCCUAGUAAAUCAAUUACAAAGACCGUAGUCAAAUCAGUUAAAGUCAAAGUAGAAAAGACAAUAACAUUUAAAUAUGAAAGAAAUACUUCUAGUAAAUUCAAAUUUGGUGCUCAUGUAGGUAUGUCGGGUGGUAUUUCAAAGGCAGUUACAAAUGCUAUGGAUAUCGGUGCUAAUAGUUUUGCAUUAUUUCUUAAAUCACCUCGUAGAUGGAUAUCACCAGAUAUUAAACCUGAAGAAAUUGAGAAAUUUAAACAAUUAUGUGAUAAAUAUGGAUAUGACCCAAGGAAAGAUGUUUUACCUCAUGGAUCAUAUUUUAUUAAUUUAGGUAAUCCAGAUCCAACUAAAGAGGAACAAGCAUAUGGAUCAUUUCUUGAUGAUUUAAAACGUUGUGAAUCAUUAAAUAUUGGAUUAUAUAAUUUCCAUCCUGGUUCAAAUUUAGAUUCUGAUCAUAAAUUAGCUUUGGAAAGAUUAGCCAAGAAUAUAAAUCGAGCAAUUAAAGAAACUAAAUUUGUGAAGAUUGUUAUUGAAAAUAUGGCAGGUCAUGGGAAUUUAAUUGGAUCAAAUUUACAAGAUAUUAGAGAUGUUAUAGAUAUGGUUGAAGAUAAAUCAAGAGUUGGAGUUUGUUUAGAUACUUGUCAUUCAUUUGCUGCAGGAUAUGAUAUAUCUGAUGAACUGAAAUUCAACAAAUUCUUAUCCCAAUUUGAUGAAAUUGUCGGUCCGGAAUAUCUAAGUGCUAUUCAUCUAAAUGACUCCAAGGCUCCCUUGGGAGCAAAUCGAGAUUUACAUCAGAAAUUAGGUUUGGGAUUCCUUGGAUUGGAAGUAUUUAGAGUAAUUGCCAAUUGUGAACGUUUACAAAAUAUACCAAUCAUUUUAGAAACUCCAGUUGAAGAUGAUGAUUCUGUAUAUGGAGAAGAAAUUAAAUUGUUGGAAUGGUUAGAAGAUAAACUGAUUGAUGAUAAAGAAUAUAUUACCAAAAGAGAUGAAUUGUUUAAAUUGGGGGCAAAAGAACGAGAUGAGCAAUUAAAGAAAUAUGAAGCAAAAGUAUCUAAAGCUACAAAGAGAUCAGCUAAGGGUGAUAUUGCUUCAAUGGUUACUAAAAAGACCAAAACUAAAUAG